CCCGCUCGACUGUCGCCGCCGCGCCCUCCCGGGUUGCGGGGGCUUGUGGGCUCGCCGUUACGCCCGGGUGCUAGCCGAGUGCCGUCCGCCCCGCCGCGGCUCCCCGCUCAACAGCCCUGACCCCCCCAGGAGCCGAGGAGCUGCUCCGCGCCCGCGGGGGGGGCGCCGCGCCGAGUCUCCCACCCGUACCGACACCUUCAGGCACACGCACCCCUCCUAUCGACCCCCCAGGCGCGCAUUUAGACUUUGGCGUCCUUUUACCGAUGAACUGCAUGAAGGACCCAUUAAGCCUGGAGCGCCUAGGACCCGGGAAUAAGCUGUGCUCCUCCUCACCUUCCUCCUCCUCUUCUUCAUCAUCUUGCCACCACCACCAGCCUACGCUGGCCAUGGCGACGGCGCUGGCGCCGGGGCAGGCGCGCUCCUCCCUGGAGUCUGCCAAGCACCGACUGGAGGUGCACACCAUCUCCGACACCUCCAGCCCCGAGGCCGCAGAGAAAGAUAAGAGCCAGCAGAGCAAGAACGAGGAUGCGGGGCCCGAGGACCCCUCCAAGAAGAAAAGGCAGCGGAGGCAGCGGACUCACUUCACCAGCCAGCAGCUACAGGAGCUUGAGGCCACCUUCCAGCGGAAUCGCUACCCGGACAUGUCUACCCGGGAGGAGAUCGCCGUCUGGACCAACCUCACCGAGGCCAGGGUUAGGGUUUGGUUCAAGAACCGCAGAGCCAAAUGGAGAAAGAGAGAAAGGAACCAGCAAGCCGAGCUUUGCAAAAACGGCUUCGGUCCACAGUUUAAUGGCCUCAUGCAGCCCUACGAUGACAUGUACCCCAGCUACUCAUACAACAACUGGGCAGCCAAAGGCCUGACCUCCGCUUCCCUCUCCACCAAAAGUUUUCCUUUCUUCAACUCCAUGAAUGUCAAUCCUCUGUCUUCUCAGAGUAUGUUCUCCCCUCCAAACUCCAUCUCCUCCAUGAGUAUGUCUUCAAGCAUGGUACCCUCCGCAGUCACCGGGGUCCCCGGCUCCAGCCUCAACAGCCUGAAUAACUUGAACAACUUGAGCAAUCCCUCCCUGAAUUCUGCAGUGCCAACGCCAGCCUGUCCUUAUGCUCCUCCAACACCCCCGUACGUUUAUAGGGACACAUGUAACUCGAGCUUGGCGAGUCUGAGACUUAAAGCCAAGCAGCACUCCAGUUUUGGCUAUGCCAGUGUGCAGAACCCCGCUUCCAACCUGAGCGCUUGCCAGUACGCGGUGGACAGACCCGUGUGAGACACUCAAGUAGGGAACAUUGCAUGGGAAUCCCUCCCCGUUUCCCACAGAGACUGAGAUUUACACUAGCGAGUCAUGGGCACUAGAGAGAAAGAGAAAGGAGGAAAAACCGGAGACAGAGAGAGAGAGAGAGGAAAAGAGAGAGGGAAAGAGGAAAAAAAAAAAAUAAAAAAGAGGAUACCACUGAAAUAAGAUAGUUCCUUUGUUUUCAAAGGACCUCCUACAGAUUCUGAGAUCUUUCUUUCACUAAGAGUAUUUCAACAUUUACAAGGACAUAUAUAUAUAUAUAUGGACAAAUGUUUGACUGGAUAUGAUAUGACAUUUUAAUGUUACUAUAAGCUUGUUAUUUUUUAAGUUUAGCAUUGUUAACAUAAAAAUGACUGAAAGGAUGUAUAUAUAUUGAAAUGUCAAAUUAAUUUUAUAAAAGCAGUUGUUAGUAAUAUCACAACAGUGUUUUUAAAAGGUUAGGCUUUAAAAUAAAGCAUGUUACACGGAAGCGAUUAGGAUUUUUUUGCUUGCGAGCAAGGGAAUGUAUAUACUAAAUGCGACACUGUAUGUUUCUAACAUAUAAUUAUUAAAAAAAAAUUGUGUGAAUAUCAGUUUUAGAAUAGUACCUCUGGUGGAUGCAAUGAUGUUUCUGAUAUUGCAAUGUAAAACUUGCCCUGUGUAUAACAUUUCGUACAAUAUUAUUGUUUUACUUUUCAGCAAACAUGAAAAAAAAAAAUGUGUUUUAUUUCAUGGGAGUAAAAUAUACAGCAU